CUCCGUUCGCUGUCAAUGUCAAAGCACAUGCCGACACUCCAAACAAACGCGGAACGUUUUUAUAUUGAAGGAACCAGCAUCAUGUCCGUGGAUACGGAUGUUUCCAUGAAAAUUGUGGCUCCCACAGUGGAACAAUUAAACGCCGACCAUAUAACACAAUUGGCGGAAAAAUAUUGGGCUCCACAUUCAAAAGAAGAGCAUGAAAAGUUUAAUUUUAAUGUUAUUGAAGAUAUCUAUAUUCAAGAUAUCAAGGGCAGCAAUUUUUCUAUUAGAAGAAUUAUGGUGCUAGAAUUCAGUCAGUAUUUGGAAAAUUACCUCUGGCCCAAUUAUGAACCAGGUGCAUCAAAUGCUCACAUCCUAUCCAUUGUAAUCAUGAUAAAUGAAAAGUUCAGGGAAAGAGUACAAGUGUGGCAAGCAUUUGAAAAGAAUAGUGACAACUUUGGUGCAUUCUUUGAGCAAGUUCUCAAUCUCUGCCUCGAAGAAGACACUGACAAGCUCUCCAUUAAAGAACAGACUGCCCUAAUUGUGUUUAUUAAUAGAUGCUUCAAUAGUAUGGAGGAACCACUUUGUAGAAAUCAAGUUAAAAGAUUAGUAUCAUUGUCAAUGUGGGUAUCUCUACAAGAAGCGCGCCGCGAGUUCGAAUUUAAACGCUAUCCACGAUGGAAGAAGUACUGGAAAGCAAUUCAGAAGAAGGAGAAGCCUGUGAUGAUUGAAAAACUAAAGUGGGAAAGAAUGUUUCUUCAUAAUAUCAUGCUAAAGUUUAUGAAAGUGUUGGACAGUAUUCCACUGGAAGGUGUAGUUGAUAAAGAUGUAGUGCAGUAUUGUGAACGUUUUCUGGAGUUAGUGACUGACUUAGAGGCGCUUCUACCAACCAGGAGGUUUUUUAAUACAGUGUUAGAUGAUUGCCAUUUGGUGGUGAGGUGUCAAUUGUCUAAUUUGGUGCAGAGGGAGGAAGGACAUUUAUUCAGACAGCUGUUGGACAUGUUGAAGUUUUACGCUCGUUUUGAAAUUAACGACGAGACUGGCGAUUCGCUGACCGACCACGACAUGACAGAAAUUCAUUACUCUAGGAUCACUUCGCUUCAGACGGCAGCAUUUUCACAUUUUCCUGAUUUGCGUAAUUUUGCAUUGGCUAAUGUUGCCAGUGUGGACACCAGGAAAGCGUUGGAGAAACAUUUCAAAUCCUUAAGUACCGAAAACCUAAAGGCAAUCGCGCGACAUCUUCACUUAAUUCCUUCGGGUGAUGAUGAAAAAAAUAAUCAAUGGUGUCGCUUUGACGAUGAAUUUUUACGAGAACUUCUGAUUUCCAGACAUGAAAAACGCACUUCUCAACUUGAUUCACUGAACGAGAUGCCGUUAUAUCCCACCGAGGAGGUGAUUUGGGACGAGAACGUUGUGCCUACAGCGUAUUUUUCAGGCGAUGGCUGUUUAUCUCUGCCCAAGCUUAAUUUACAAUUUUUAACACUUCACGAUUAUUUGCUACGGAAUUUUAAUCUUUUUCGCUUGGAAUCCACUUAUGAAAUUCGACAGGAUAUUGAAGAUGCUGUCAGCCGCCUUUGCCCUUGGAAAGCCGAAGAUGGAUCUGUUUACUGGGGCGGAUGGGCUCGAAUGGCACAGCCGAUAAUUCACUUUGCUGUUGUUGAAGUAUCGAAACCAAAUAUAGGUGAGAAACGCCCGAGUCGAGUGCGUGCCGAUGUGACCGUCAAUUUAUCGGUUCGGUCUGAAAUAAAAAACGAGUGGGAAAAUCUACGAAAACACGACGUUUGCUUUUUAAUAAGCGUGCGCCCAACCAAACCGAUCGGAACGAAAUAUGACUACAAGCAGCCGUUUAUACCGCAAGUCGGAUUGCAUUGCGUGCGUGGUUGCGAAGUUGAGGGAUUGCUCGAUAGCAACGGGAGGGUGAUUGAGGAUGGCCCGGAACCGAAGCCGCAGAUUCCCGGCGAUAAACGAACUUAUCGAGUGUGGCUAGACAGUAAUCAGUAUCGGGAUGACAUGAAUCUGACUAAUGACGGCGCUGAGGAUGUUUACGAAUGUUUCAAUAUUUUGAUGCGUAGGAAACCGAAGGAAAACAACUUCAAAGCGGUACUUGAAACUAUUAGGGAGUUAAUGAACACUGUUUGCGUGGUGCCAGAUUGGCUACAUGAUAUUAUCUUAGGAUAUGGCGAUCCAAGUGCGGCGCAUUACUCUAACAUGCCGAAUAAAAUUCCGACAAUGGACUUUAACGACACCUUCAUUGAUAUUGAGCACUUAAAGUCGUGCUUUCCAAGUUACGAAAUUAAGAUCGAUUGCGAAGAGCCCGCAAAGUUAGUGAGGCCAUUUAAACUGACAUUUGAGGAUUUUACAUCGAACAAUGAGGAUAAACAGAAAAGUUUGAUUGCACAGCCGCAUGUUAUUCCAAGCCGCGGGCCGUAUACUUUCAACGAACCCAAAAAGAAUACCAUUGCUUUCACACCAACUCAAGUCGAAGCGAUCAGAGCUGGAAUGCAACCAGGUCUUACCCUUGUAGUUGGGCCGCCCGGUACAGGCAAAACAGAUGUUGCAGUUCAGAUUAUCUCAAAUUUGUAUCACAACUUUCCCAACCAGCGCACAAUCAUCGUAACGCAUUCGAAUCAGGCGCUUAAUCAACUGUUUGAAAAGAUUGCCGCCCUGGAUAUUGAUGAACGCCACUUGCUGCGUUUAGGUCAUGGCGAGGAGGCGCUUGAAACCGAAAAAGAUUUUAGUCGUUACGGCCGCGUAAAUUAUGUGCUCGCGAAGCGAUUGGAUUUAUUAAACGAUGUGCAGCGCCUGCAAGAAUCGCUUGAUGUGAAGGGAGACGUCGCGUACACUUGCGAGACCGCCGGACAUUUCUAUUUAUAUCAAGUGCUGUCACGUUGGGAGCAAUAUCAGGGCAUUGUGCGGCCGAAAGGAGGCCAGAUUACGGAUAUUGCUGUGAUUAGCAAUGAGUUUCCAUUUGCGAAGUUCUUUGAUAAUGCUCCCCAGCCGCUGUUUAAAGGUAAGUGUGUCGAGGAUGACUUGGAGAUUGCGGACAGCUGCUUCAGGUACAUCGAGCAUAUCUUCGACGAAUUGGAGGAAUUCCGCGCAUUUGAAUUGCUCCGGUCAGGCUUGGACCGAUCCAAGUACCUUUUGGUGAAAGAAGCGAAAAUUAUUGCCAUGACUUGUACGCAUGCCGCCUUAAAACGCAAAGAAUUGGUGGAAAUGGGAUUCAAGUAUGAUAAUAUAUUAAUGGAGGAAUCCGCACAAAUUUUGGAAAUAGAAACGUUUAUUCCGUUAUUGUUGCAAAACCCACAGGACGGAUACAAUCGUCUUAAGCGGUGGAUUAUGAUUGGUGAUCACCAUCAAUUGCCUCCCGUUAUUAAAAAUAUGGCGUUUCAAAAAUAUUCUAAUAUGGAGCAGAGUUUGUUCACCAGAUUGGUGAGAUUAGGUGUACCUACAGUUGAUUUAGAUGCUCAAGGUAGAUCCAGAUCGAGUAUUUGCAGUCUAUAUAAGUGGAGAUAUAAAAGUCUCGGGAAUAUGGCGCACGUUAAAGAUUGGGAUGAGUACAAACGCGCGAAUGCAGGCCUAGAGUACGAUUUCCAGUUGAUUGACGUCCCAGAUUUUAAUGGCGUUGGCGAGUCGGAACCCAGUCCAUUUUUCUACCAGAACUUGGGAGAGGCGGAAUAUUGCGUGGCACUGUUUAUGUACAUGAGACUAUUGGGGUAUCCGGCAAAUAAAAUCUCUAUUUUGACAACAUACAAUGGGCAAAAACAUUUGCUUCGUGAUGUGAUAAACACCCGCUGUGCUUCUAAUGCCCUCAUUGGACGUCCACACAAGAUUACCACCGUGGAUAAGUACCAGGGACAGCAGAAUGAUUAUAUCAUUUUGUCUCUUGUGCGAACGAAAGCGGUGGGUCAUAUCAGGGAUGUGCGGCGUUUGGUUGUUGCAAUGUCACGUGCGCGAUUGGGAUUAUAUGUGUUCGCACGUGUGUCGCUAUUCCAGAACUGUUUUGAGCUCACACCAGCAUUCCAACAAUUAAUGGACCGGCCUACUAAGCUGCAUCUGGUCUUAAAUGAAGUAUUUCCAACAAAUCGUGAGGCAUCCGAAAUUGUUAAUUCCAAAAAUAGAGUUGUAAUGGAAGACAUGGUUCAAACUGCAAAUUUUGUUUAUUCUUAUUACAUGGAACGCGUUAAAGCACUUAAAGACUUUUAUCAUACUCAAGAGGAGUGGCAGAAACCCGGAGAGUUGGAGACGACUGAACAUCAAGGCUUGAUUUCUUCGCAUCCGGGUGAAGAUAGAGAUACUGACAGCGAAGAUGAAGAAACAAAGAUGCAGGCACCCGUUCCAAUCCAGGAUGAGCCAAUCGAGGAAGACAAAGAGGAUAAGGAAGAACAGCAAGGGGUUACGCCGAGUGCGAAUGAAACUGGCGAAGCUGAUAAUGAAGAUUAAGGUUAUUGAAUUAAUUUUGUACCCUACCUAACAACAAAUAAGAUAACAAAUAACAAAUAAGAUUAUUUAAAAUA